UGGGUACAACAGGGUUAACAAGCAGGAAUGGGGUAGGUGGGGUUACAAACCAGGAACACAUGCCCUCCAAGUGAGAUAGCUUUCAUUCCCUUUAAUUGCCCUGAAAACAUACACACUCUCACAUAACACAGAAGGUGAGAGCUGAAUGAAGUUUUCUGGGUAAUGGCUUGAAAUGUUUUCCUUAUGAGAAGUGGUGUUGAGUUACAGCGUGCAGGCUGAAAACCGGGGAGGAGAGAAGCAGCAGCUCCAGCCCGGCCCCCACCUUUUCUUGGGCUUGUAGGAAAGUGGACAUGGGCUUCCAGAGACAAAACGAGUGAUAUGUUGAACUAUCUGGCAGCUGGAAUUGACUGUUCCCAGAGUGACCUAAGGACAGUGUUUAUCAGGGUUUAGCCAGGGGCCAGCCUAGCAGGCACAGAUGCUCUGCUGUGAAAUGCCACGCUGGCAGAGACUGACAAGCAGUAGGAGCUGAGCUUUCCCCUUGGACUGCUAUUUCCUGCUGUGUUCAGGGGAGGGGGGCACUUUCUGGCAAUUCUGCUGCUGUUGCUGUUGCUGCUGCUGCUGCUGCUGCUACUUCAGCUCCUUCUCCACUCAAGGUAAGCAGGCUCAAAGGGAGGGUAGGCUGCAAGGGACGCUUUUGUACCAUGAACAAGAUCCGAAAGUUUUUCCGAGGAAGUGGGCGAGUCCUGGCAUUUAUAUUUAUAGCUUCUGUCAUCUGGCUGCUCUUUGACAUGGCAGCUCUCCGCCUCUCAUUCAGUGAGAUCAACACUGGGGUCCUGAAGGAAGACAUCAUCAAAAAGGAAAGGAUAGGGUUCAGGGUUCAGCCAGACCAAAUGAAGAUCCUUUACAGCAGCAUAAAAGAGAUGAAGCGGCCACUAAGGGGACACGGGAAGGGCAUAUGGGGCAAAGAGACCUUUAGAAAAACUGAGGGGCAUGUGCUCAAGAUUGAAGAUGAUUUGGACCAAACCCAGAAGGAAAGAAAAAUGCAGAAUGCUCCAGGAAGUGUCAAGAUUGCACCUCUGUGGCCUCCUGUACAUCUGCAGACCCUCCUUAUGACUUUUACCAAGCUGAUGACAGAGGAACGUGACAUCGAACCUGAAGCCUACUCUCGUUCUGUGACACCAAAGCAAAUGACAGUUCAGGGAGCUCGGGAGACCACAUUCAUAGCAGCAAGAGGAACAUCAUUGCCCCAAAUAUCUGUAUACACAGGACCCAUUGGUUUAAACCAGGAGGUCCAGAAGAGACAUAGUCACAGCAAUGACACAUCCAAACAAGUAGCUGAAAGGAACCUGAAUGUGACCAUCAGGCUUAAUAGCGACAGAUCAAAGCAGCAAUCACAGGCAGUAGCAAGUGAGGGGAUAUACACUGUUGGCCCACCAGUGCCCAAAUCUAGGGAAGCCAUAGCCUUAAAUAAAACUGAGUCUCAAAGCAAAGAACUAAAUGCAUAUAAUCACAAAGCCAAUAACCGUCCCUUUUCCAAGAUCAUUGCCAAUUCAAAUCACUUAAAGAAGCAAUCUAUUAAUGAGACACUGUUGGGAGGCUUGCCAAAGAAUGAUGGAGCCAAAGUGGCUGUUGGGAAGAAACUCAAUUUCUCUGAAAGCCAUGUUGUGAUUAUAACCAAGGAGGAGGAGCUAAAGACAGACACCAAACAGGUCCCCAAUCCUAAAACCAAAACUGUAUUUCCUUUAGUAUUGGAUAAAAGCCAAGGGAAACACAGUUCCAGGAAUAGAACUGAGGCAUCUUUCUCUGCACUUGCACUGCAGAGAGCAACAGUGUCUCAAACCAAUCAAGUCUUAGCUGGGGGACCAAAGCCAGCAAGAAUCAGCUUAACUGCCAAGGUCCAGCAUAAAGAACUCAACCAAAAGCAUGCAAAAGCCCUUCUACCUGAAGACCAUCAAAUGCACCAGGUAUUAAGCAUUGAUAUGACACUUUCUCCAAGGGACCCUAAAGCUCCAGGUCAGUUUGGACGUCCUAUAGUUGUUCCCCCUGGAAAGGAGAAGGAGGCAGAAAGAAGAUGGAAAGAAGGAAACUUCAAUGUCUACCUCAGCGAUUUGAUCCCGGUGGACAGAGCCAUUGAAGACACAAGACCUAUUGGGUGUGCAAAGCAGCUAGUUCACAAUAACCUCCCAACCACCAGUGUCAUCAUGUGCUUUGUGGAUGAGGUAUGGUCCACUCUCCUGAGGUCCGUUCAUAGUGUCCUCAAUCGCUCUCCUCCACAUCUCAUCAAGGAGAUCCUGCUGGUGGAUGACUUUAGCACCAAAGAUUACCUAAAAGAUAAUUUGGAUAAAUACAUGUCUCAGUUUCCAAAAGUUCGGAUUCUUCGCCUCAAAGAAAGACAUGGCUUAAUAAGAGCCAGACUGGCAGGGGCACAGAAUGCAACAGGUGAUGUGUUGACAUUCUUAGAUUCUCACGUGGAAUGUAACAUUGGUUGGUUGGAACCUCUUCUGGAAAGAGUUUAUUUAAGUAGAAAGAAAGUAGCCUGUCCAGUAAUUGAAGUCAUCAAUGAUAAGGAUAUGAGUUACAUGACAGUGGACAACUUUCAAAGAGGCAUCUUUGUGUGGCCCAUGAACUUUGGUUGGAGAACAAUUCCUCCAGACGUUGUUGCAAAAAACAAGAUCAAAGAAACUGAUAUAAUAAGGUGCCCUGUCAUGGCAGGCGGAUUAUUUUCUAUCGAUAAAAAUUACUUUUUUGAGCUUGGAACAUAUGACCCUGGACUUGAUGUUUGGGGUGGAGAAAAUAUGGAGCUGUCAUUCAAGGUAUGGAUGUGUGGUGGUGAAAUUGAGAUCGUUCCCUGCUCCAGAGUGGGCCACAUAUUCCGAAAUGACAAUCCGUAUUCCUUCCCCAAAGACCGGAUGAAGACAGUGGAACGCAACUUGGUGCGAGUGGCUGAGGUCUGGCUUGAUGAGUACAAGGAGCUGUUCUACGGCCAUGGGGAUCACCUCAUAGACCAAGGCCUUGAUGUUGGAAACCUCACUCAGCAACGAGAACUUCGACAGAAACUAAAGUGCAAAAGUUUCAAAUGGUACUUGGAAAAUGUUUUUCCUGACUUGAAGGCUCCCAUUGUGAGGGCUUGUGGUGUGCUUAUUAACGUGGCCUUGGGAAAAUGCAUUUCCAUUGAGAAUGCCACAGCCACCCUAGGAGACUGUGACGGAGGCAGCGAGCUACAACAAUUUAAUUACACCUGGUUAAGACUCAUCAAACACGAAGAAUGGUGCUUGGCUCCUGUCCCUGAUAAGGGAGCCCUGAGGCUGCACCCUUGUGACAACAGAAACAAAGGGCUGAAAUGGCUGCAUAAGUCAACAUCUGUCUUUCAUUCGGGACUGGUAAAUCACAUUGUUUUUGCAAACUAUCAUCAGCUAUUAUGCUUGGAAGGAAAUUUUUCUCAGAAGACCCUGAAAGUUGCUCCUUGUGACCCAAAGAAGCCAUAUCAAAAGUGGAAAUUUGAAAAGUAUUUUGAAGACUGAAAAGGAAUUGAUGUUUUUGUCUAGUGAGGCCAUCAAACACUGUGAAAAAGAUAGUGAACUCAGUGACUAUGUUUGUCCACAGUAAUUUAAAUUUUCAAAAUGAAUAACACUUGAAUGGAAGAUUUUUAAAAAUCAUAUUUGAGAUACCAAAUGUUAACUCAGGGAAACAGUCCUACAUUGAAUUGGAGUCCUUCUUCAGCACCAGGAACCCUUUUGAACUGCCUGCUUCCUGCCCUGGGCUAGUAUCAGCCUUUAAGUUUCCCCAAGCAACCCGCCAAGCACCCGCGAAUAAAGACAGAAGUACUUGGGGAAGUACAAUCAUAAUCAUAAUGACUGUGUUGGGUAAUAAUCAGCUCUUUUGGCCACAAAGUAGGUUAAAACCAGUGAGAAAUUGGUCCUUUAUUUACUAUUUUUUCAUAAAAAAAAAAACAGAUUAGUUACAAUGGCUGGAAGACCGCAGAAACACACAGCUAUCACUUGGCGAAACUCCCCAGGCUACAUGCAGGUUUACCUUACAGUCUGUGAUAGUAUUGAUAUCAUACUCCUUGACGGCAGCAUUUGAUCUACACUACUACAUAGUGCUCUUUACCAAGAUGAGUCAAUGGAAAAUUGUUUAAGUGGGGAGUCAAAUACUUAUUCCAUCUAGAUGUGAACAUAGCUUCAGUUUAUUUUGUGCUUUUAAAACUACACUUAACUUCGUAGAUUCACGUGAAUAUUAAAAAGGAAACAAAAAUGGCAAAGUAAAAGAGGCUUGAUCACAACACAUUGUAGUAACCGGAAAUACAUUUAAUCACUGAACACACUAAUGCAGGACCAAGUAAGAGGAGUUGAAAUGAAAGAGAAAUAGGGCAUGCAAAAAUAUUAAGGUUCUUUUAUAUAAAAUACUGCCUUAUAUUUAGCAGCAUUUAGGGGAUAAAUAUGCUAAAAAUGGGCUCUAAAGAUUUUAAAAAGGAAAUAAAGUGAAGAAAACAAAAUAAGGGGAAUAAAAUGAGGUAAGCAAUCUUCAGGAAAAAGGGUAAGAAAACGCUUUAGACCUGGCAAAAAUAAUGGAGGAUAAUAAAGCCUCAGAUAAGGAGCUAAUGAUAACACUGGGGGCAAGUUCAAUAUUCCUUUGAUUUGAACUGAGCCCCUAAUGUUAGGCAUGUGAACACUUAGGCAUAUCAGAGAAGAUCUUAGAAAUCCUGAUAUCCUUUACAUUCAUUCUGAUAAGAAAAUUGAUACCUAGAAGACUUGUUACUUGUCUGAAAUCCCAGGCCGGUUAGUGAGAGAAUCAGGAUUAGAACGUGAAUCUCCAGAGACAAGGCUCAAUCUCGUGCCCCAGAGCACUGGCCUGAACAAAUCUGUGCCACAGCAUUUCUCUGAAAGAGACACACACACCAUUUUGCCUGAGUUGGGUCCUGGAGGGUAAUCAUACUAUAUGCCUGCUAAUAUCUAAAAAAAAAAAAAAAAGCAAAACAACAACAAAAAAAUACCCACCUUUGUUCAGCUGAGCUGAUGAUAAACCUGAGCAUCUUUAGUUCUGCCUUCCAAUUUAAAGUUCAUUUUUAAUUCUCAGCUAAUUUCAUAAGAGCAGACCAAUAAACAAGAAUCAGAAGGGGGCAAAUUUUACUUUUUUACAUCAUAUUUGGGAUGCAUUUUACAAAUAAUUGACAUUGCGGAUGAGAUCAGAGAAUGACUAGAUUAUGAGAUAACUCUCUCCACACAGAGCCAUGCAGGCCAUAAAACACAAGGUGGUUGCCAGAUGCCUUACUGAACUGCCGACCAAACUGAGUAUGCUGAGUGCUUCAUGCAAUUCUUCACAAACAGAGAAAUGUUGCAGGUUUAUUGUCCCCCAGUCUAAAGACUCUAUUGUUAUACCAAAAACUCCACCUCUUGUCAUAAAAGGAUGAAUUAUGUUUUGGAUACACUUCACUUUGGGUAUAAGAGCAGAAGAAGUUUCAAUGUUUUUCUCAGAAAACCUUCUUAUGGUCUGUUCAGUGUAUGCACUUCCUGACUUUACCUUGACGUAUGCACUAUAUGAAGAUAUAUUUGAAUAUAUAUUGUCAAUAUAACAAAGGGUUUUUUUCAUAUAUCACAUAGUUGUUCUUGGGUAGAAUUUUAAAAACAACUUUUAGCAUAUAUUUGCUCAGUUAUUCUACGACACAAAAAAACUAAUCACUAGUUAAGAGUUUUAUAGGCCUAAGCUUAACAGUUUUGACUAAUUUUGAAAUCUACUACCAAGAUUUUUUUAGCAUUGCCCCCUAAAUUUUGUUUUCAGAAGACUGUAGUAAAGAUACAAAUGCCUCAAGGUCUUCUGGUACUUCUAAUAAGAAACCUUUGGAUGGGGCACCUUAGGGUCUUUAUCAGCCCUGAAUUUUUCCUUAGAGGGCUGUGUUAUUGGGUACUUCACAGUUUUCCCCUGAUUGGCUUGACUUAUUGCCCUUCUUAGAGAAAUGUCUAUGUGUCUCAUUAACUUAAACACAAGUGUGGUUAUGUCAAUAGUUAACAGAACUCAUUCAACCAAAAACUAACUUACCAAACCAUCUGAGUGCUUCUGAGCCUUUCAGUUUGCCCAGUUCUUUCUCUUUUUCAACAACUACCCAAAGCUUCCACCCUCCCCUCCCCAAAGGAUGGCACAGCUGUUGUUGCUACAACCAUGUUUUAUCACCAGCAUCGAGUCUCCACAGUUCUGCUUGCUGACAUUUCAUCAGCCGUCACUCACCAGGCCAAAUCCACCAUGUGUCAUGGUCACAGCAUAGUGUCAGCUUCUCUGCACUAAUCUGGAAACAUUAUUUAGAUAUUUAAAUGCCUUGCUUCUAAUAGGGAUUGUAGAGGGGCAAAGAUAUAGUUAUAAUGUAGGAAGUCAAUUUCCCUAGUCAACCUUGAUUUCAUGAGUAACUUAGAAUGAUUUCCAAGGGGCUCUCCUGCAAGAGAAUGGGGUUGAGGAACACCAGAUAGUACCAUCUUUAUUUGUUUUAACAUCUUUAAUUUCUAUGUUCAAACACAGGAAAUAAAUUAUGCCUCAGAUGAAGACCCCAAUAUCUUGGAUUAAAGCAAGGAAAUGACAAGGAGUAAAAAGAAAAAAUGGGAACUAAUUACGGUUAAGUACCUAUGGUGUGCUAGGCACAGUUUGUACCCCAUCUCACUGUUGUGCACAACUCAGUGAAGUGGGUCUGGUUCUCCUCAUCAUGAAGAUAAGAGGAUAGCUAAGAGGGAUUGUCUAGUGCCAUCCCGUCAUCCCACUUUGUGAGAGAUAAGAACCCAGUUUCUAUCCUAUCUGGAUCAAAAAAAUGAAAAAAAAAAGGAAAAAGAGAGAGAGUCUUCUCCCCUACACCAUACUGCUAUGAUUAUAUUUUUCUAAGUAGGCAGUCAGCUCAGUGGGGCUCUGUUAAAAUCCCUUGGUUGUGGAAUGAAACCACUUUGUUUUCUCUCAUCAACGUUGUACAGAAAGGAAAUAGAAGCUACGCCCUUUUCUGUUAAACAACUGAAGUGUAGACUUAAGGAGAGCAACCCCACGUGCCUUGCAGUGGUCUACUUAUUUGACUUCAUGCUGGACACAAUCCUUUCCAUUUCCAGGAACAAACAUGAGGGGAAGAGGUGGACAUAGAGAGAUUGCUUCUCUGUGAAUAAUAUUGCCAGCUUUUUCUUCCCCCAACUGUUAAUCACAGCUGACAGAUCUGAACACAGGUGGGAAAUGAAAAGUUGAAGAAUCCUUCGACUUAAAACACAAACCAAGACUUGUAACUUUUUUUCAUUGUGUUGUCACCAUACUGCUUUUGCAACCACUUUUGCAUAGGUUGUUCAACAAUUGCUGCAAGCUAAGAUGCCUUGCAAAGAGAACAGGAUCACUAACCAAAGCUAAUGUAGAAAAUAUUUAUUUUUGGCAAAUAGCCAUUUCGUGGAUGGGUUUGAAUAAACCAUGUAAUGUAUUAUAUACUCCUGAUGAGCUUUGAUGGGUGGUAUGUUAGGUGUUCAUGGUGCCUGUGUCUACAAGAAAGGAAAUGAAAAUUACCAUACACUAAGCAAACUUACUGUCUCUGUUUUCAACCUAAUGAGUCACCUAAGAGUUACCACUCCCACUAGGCUCUUUUUGCAAACUUAUGUGAAACUUUGCUUUGCAAAAACACACAUGAAAUUCUCAUUUUCCAGCAAAUACAGCAACUUUUAAUAUGCUUAGUUCCUAAUGAUGACAGUUGCCAUCAAAUAAGAAAUAUUUUCUUUUAAAACAGAGGUUUUCUAUUUUAUUAUCAGUUGAUAGAUAUUUUCCAGUUUAAGAAUAUUGGUCAUCAUAAAUCUCUAUAUAAAUAAAGCAUAGAUUGUCUGUAUUUUACCAUUCAAAAACACAUCAAUCUUUGUAAAUAUAUGUGUAUAUUUGUAUAUGUCCACAUAUACAUAUAUGCACAUAUAUUUAUUUAUAAGCUUAUGUAUGUAUAUAUGAGUCUCUAUAUUUUAUGUUUUUAAUUGGGAAAUAGUAAAACCAAGAGUUUCUACUUAAAAUAAAGAAAAUUAAGAAAUACUUUUGGACAUUUUUAACUCUUCUUAAAUGCAUAGCUUUGUCUUCAUCUGGCCUUCUGGACAGAAGUUCAGGUUGACCUCUCACUCUCACUUUCAGUUUUUCAUACCUGAAAGGAAUAAUCAAACUUUAAAUUCAAAAUGCCACUUAUUCAAGUUAGGGUUAUAUACAUACCUUAGUUCUUCUCUUUCAACCAACGGCCCAAAUGUUGCUAGUUUUAUACCUAUUAACUAUAAGAGGUGAACAUAAAAACAAGAGAAGGCAAAGGUCAAUAUAGUGAAUUUUGUUUUUGAAAACAUUUGUUAAUGGGAGAACUAGAUUAACAUUAUGGAGUAUAAAAGAAUUUAUAAUUAAUCUGAACAUUUUAAAUACCCAAUGUUUCUGCCUCUGACCAACUGAAGGUAUUGUAAAGAAGGUCUCAAACAUGUGAUGUUUAAUUUUUAAGUUUCUACAUACAAAUUUAAAUUACUUUUCAAAUUCAUUUCCAGAAAGUUCUCUAACUGCCAAAUAAUUACUAGACACCCUCAUUUGAGUUACAGUUUGUCAUGUAUCUGAGUGAUGUCUGCAGCUGACUUCUGCCUAUGUCAUUGCGUUUGUGCUGGGUGUAUGGCCUGGUCACCUUGUGUUCUUCAUGCGAGGCGUACAUGUUUUGGUAUUCGUAUUUAUUAUGUUACAGUCCGAUAUUUUAAUAUUGUUAAAUGUUUGCUAUAACUUCUGACCUUACUUUUUGUAGUCCUUUUUUUUCCUAUUGAACAAUGCAAGUUCAGGCUUUAAAAUAAGUAGUUGCUUUUCUCAUAUUGUCAAACGUAUUUCUUCUUUAUGAUACUCUGGUGCUUCAUCUUUUCACAUUAUUCUCUACUAUUACUUAUUUUAAAUGUUUCUUUUUCUAUCACUUUGAAAAACUUCAAUGUCCAUUUGCCAUUUGAAAGUGUUUCAAAAAAUACUACCCUAUGUAAAUAUGCAGAAACAACUAUUGUACAAAUGCCGGUGUAGUUUACAUGUAUUACCUAAUGACUACAAAGAUAUGUUUUUCGACUAUUGGAGUAAUGCAUCUAAAACAAUAGCCCAGUUCCUAUAAAAGUAAUGGAAACUUUUCAUGAACCCAUUACAAAUUUCUUGCAAUUUCAUGUACAAUCAUCUUAAUACCUUCUGAUAUACUAAUACAAAUGAAUUAAAAUAAUGUGUUCUCUUGCUUUCUGAAGCAGCAUUUAUUGAUCAUAUUAAUAGUUGUUGAUAUGCAAAUGUUUUUACUCAAUCUUAAAGGGCAGCUAAAGAAAAUAAAACCUAGGCACCAAAAAGAAGGACACAAACUUUUAUUGAGAACAAGUCAGACACAGAAGUUCUUUAAUUUAUUUGUUAACAGAUAGAUAGAUGAUAGAUAGAUUCUGACAUAUUCUGUGUCUUCAAAGUUAGCACUAUAUUAAAGGUAAAUUUUAUAUUGACAAAGAAAUAGAGCUAUUAUUAAUUCUUGUUCACCCAGCAACUAAGGAAAA